AAACUUUUCGGAAGUACGAAAAACACGUCAUUUUGGACGCGCCCCGUAUGUGUAAUUUAGUCUGUCAAUGAUACCGCGGCGAUUAGAAUACAAAUGUGUCAGUGAAUACAAAUUUAUUCUUGUAACGCGAUGAGAUAAAAUUUUAGUCAUUAUUUACACGUAGUGUGUGCAAUGACUUAUCUGUAAUAAUAUAAAAAGUUAUCUAUGGUGAAAAUCUAUACUGGGACAUUUUAAUAUUUGUGUGUGUCGUUGAUACAUUUUUAUUUAGUUUGGCGCGGGAUACUGUAACGUGCGUUCCCGAGUGCGAUGCGAAAAAAAUAAUUUUAUUUUUAAGUGAGCCGCAGCAACUCCCUAAUCGUACAGUUCGUGCACAUUGACAUUCGGAUGGUGCGUACAGAUGGGCCACAAAAACUCCAAACAAAGAAACAGAUUACAAUCGAAGCCGGAAUGUACGGAAAUAGUGGAUUUCGAAUGGUCCGUCGCGGAGCCCAAAGAAGACGCAAUAAACGAAACGGCGGCGAAGGAGAAGGAGGAGGAGGAGGAGGAGCAGGAGCCCGUGCCCGUGGAAUACCCGCCGGCUUUACAAAAGAUUUUGGAAUCUCUGAAAAAAAUCAAAACUGACAUUAUCGAAAUGUCCAACGAACAGAUAGACUUGUACUUUGCUACGUAUAAAGAUGAACUGCACAACAAUUGGAGGAACAUUUAUGGCAUGAAAUUCACCGACCCACGCCUGACGAAGAUGAAAGUGGCGGUCAUCGAGGACAUUAAGGAGCAGCUUAAGGAUUUAAAUGGCAGAGUUUUAAAUCGGACAAUACGAGAGCGUAGAAAAUAACUGUGUGACAAUAAACCGUUUGUUAUCA